CGAAAUCAAUUUGUAGUAUAUCAUAGACGUACAAUUCUAUUUAAAAUGAUUCGCUAUUGUUGUUAAAAAACAGUGUAAUAUGUACUUAGAAAAAUUUUUUAUCAGCCUUGGACACAUUUAUACGAUGGGGAGGGGAAGUCCAAAAAAUAAACAUUCGCAAAACCCUAUUCUAGUAACGAGUCGUUUAGUAAUGUUGUCCAUUCGAACGACACUUAUUCGAUUUCAGGUGUAACGUCAUGUUCUUUGUAAUGUCUCGAUUUGUGUUUUCACAGUGUUCGUGUGAUAAGAUUAAUUAAUGGCCAAAAACUGUAGUUUACAGAUGUCUUGUGAUGCUAAUUAAACAUCAUGGCAGCCCUAGCGUGCAUCACGUUCACAAUGUUUAUGGGUAGAAACCCAUUUUCUGCCACCAUAACACCCAAAGGAAACUGCGAAGGUUGUUGUCCUAUUAACCUAAGAGAAGACAUAGCGUUUUUUUCUUUCUCAAGGCACAAUCCAAAAUUUCCAAAUAGAAUAUUCCUAGGAAAUGAUGAAUCACUUCGAAAGACUCAUAUGAAUAGUAAUUUAACUACUGUAAUAUACGUACACGGAUUUACAGAGCAAGCCAACUCAAAGGCUGCGACAACAAUAAAAAAAGCAUAUUUAUAUCGAGGAGGAGUAAAUCUUAUAGUUGUGGAUUGGAGUCCGUUAUGUGCGUUUCCUUGGUACAGUCAUGCAGUGCUCAACACUAGGGUAGUCGGCCAAUAUCUCGCUCAUUUUAUUGAAUAUUUGGUGUCCAAAGGAUUUCGACUAUCUAAAAUACAUCUCAUUGGUUUCAGUUUAGGUGCCGAAAUUGCUGGAUUCACUGGAAAAAAUUUAAGAAUCGGAAAGCUUCCAAGAAUUACAGGUCUUGACCCUGCAUUUCCUUUGUACAUGUUUUCGGGGAAGAAAGGCCAUCUGGCGCCGACUGAUGCUGAAUUCGUGGAUGUUAUACAUACAGAUGCUGGAGUGUUUGGUUUCCCUGUGCCGUUGGGACAUGCUGAUUUUUUCCCAAAUGGAGGAUACCCGACACAACCUGGGUGUUCUAUUCGAGAACUAUUGCAAACAAACUUGAUUACUAGAAUGAUGGCUUGUAGUCACGACAGAGCGUGGGAAUAUUUUGCUGAAUCUGUAAUAAAUCCGACAGGCUUUCCAUCGGUAGCAUGCAAUACAUAUGAAUCAUUUACAAAUGGCACAUGUAUAAGAGAUUUUGCUUAUAGGGAAAAACGUGAAGUUCAGUACAUGGGAAUAGCAGCAAAAAAAAGGCUUCAGGGUACAUUUUAUUUAGCCACUAGGCCUAGCCCUCCUUUUGGUUAUAAUAAAAUCUACAAACCUUAAAUGGAAUAGUAUUCACUCUAUUGUUAUUUUAUGCUUGGUUAUUACAGCUUUAUUAAAACAAUACAUGACCAAAAGAACAGCAUAAAAGUUAAAAUGAGAUAUUUGUAAAAAUGUUGUCACAUAAUAUAAUUGUUAAAAAACUGUUUGUUA